AUGAUUCGCGUCUCUGUCGUUCCUCGUUUCCAUACCCCGGUUAGGGCUCGUGAUCGACGCUCGAGUGAUUUUGCUUUCGUCAUACCCGUUGCACAGUUGUACACGCCUUAUAUUUUGGGUUACGGGACGCCGGGCCUCAGCGGGGGUAAGGCCGGUUGGACUCUGUACGAGUGUGUCGACUGCGGCAACAAAUACAAGCACAAAGGCUCGCUACAGCGACACAUUAAGUACGAGUGUAGGAAGCAACCGAGUUUCAAGUGUCCCUACUGUGUGUACCGCGCGUACCAGAAACACAACUUACUCCUCCACGAGCGUCAUCUGCAUAAAGACUUGCCAGAAAAAGUGGACUUCGUGUCCGAAUGA